UCAAGUGCGCACGCGACAGGCACACUCGCCGACAAGACGCGGAGUGGAGCAGACGGACGAGAGCAGUGCAGGGCCCCAGCAUGGCCCCGCGGCCCCCGAGCAGGUCCCUUGCUGCCCUCGUCCUCGCACUGUUUGCGGCAAGCUGCGCCGCGGUGCAGCGACCUGGAAGCCUGAUUGGGCCCGGCGGCACCAAGUACGAGGUCACCUUCGGACCGUGCCUGCUGCACCUGAACGAACCCUGCACAAACUCCAGGCUGAAGUUCUACCACAUUCCGAGCCUGGACGAGCAGGACCACCGUCUGCUGAACGCGUCGGACGCAGAGUCGCUGAACGCGAGCCAACUCGACGCUGACCUGCCCACCAAAAUCAUAAUUCACGGCUACAACGGCUCGCUCUACUACGAACCCACCUUCAAAAUCGCCAAAGCAUACCUGUCGGAGGGCGGCUCGAACGUGGUAGUCUUGGACUGGCGAGCGUACUCGAACAUGCCGUGCUACCCAAGCGCGGUGCUCAACACUUGGCAGGCUGGCCGGUGCACUGCUGAGGUACUGCAGCACCUAGCCAAGUGGAGCGGCGCUCCCCGCAGGUUUUUCUUCGAUUUACACAUCAUUGGCUUCAGCCUCGGCGCCCACGUGGCCGGCUUUGCAAGCGCUUACCUCAAACCCUUCAGGAUCGGAAGGAUAACAGGGCUGGACCCAGCGUUGCCUUUCUUUGCGUCGUUGAGUCGGUCGUGGAAGCUGGACGCGAACGACGCUCGCUUUGUCGACGUAAUCCACACGAACGUCGGCGUGCUAGGCAAGAUUGACAGCACGGGCCACGCAGACUUCUACGUCAACGGUGGCACCUUGCAACCCGCGUGCAACAACAGUCAUAGGCCGCUGUGCAACCACCUGCUGGCGCCUGCUUACUUCGCUGAGUCAAUUUCAAGGAAGGCGCGCGGCUUUUACGGCUUUCCGUGCCAGAGUGUCCUUUACUUCGCGCUCGGCUGGUGCGAAGAGAAACGCUCAGUCAAGAACGCCGUCCAAAUGGGUGAACACUGUCCUAAAAGUACAAGAGGCGUUUACUUUGUGAACACGGGUUGGGAAUCGCCGUAUGGCCUCGGACUGGACCCUUUGCUCGCUGACCAACCGGAGGCGGAAGAGACGCCGACAUCCACGGAAUCCAUCUUUACCACGAAACAGGAUUCACAGGAAUUACCAGUGACGACACUCCAAACGCAGGGAAAUACGCUGCAUCCGACUGGUUUCCCCAUUUUUUUGAAAAAGUUGUGAUUAAUUUUAUUAUUAAAUAUUUAUUUAUUUAAUCAAAUUUUUACUCGCGAUAUCCAAACAUAUUUAUUUUUUAAAUAAUAUUUCUGAAUGAGCUCGACCCCAAUAAUAGCUUCGUGCUUGAAAAUAUGUGCUCACGUGCCUUAAUGAUGGGUAAUUUGUGAUUUCAUUUGGAAAUUCCACCACUUUCCACAUGUCCUGACGAAAUCUGAAAUAAAUGAACUGAUUCGCAUAGAUUUUUCCGUGCUGUUCAUCGCACUUCAAAAACAGAUGAAGGGCCCUUCGAUUUUCGCUCUCUGUGUCGCGAUCGUCUAUUACGCGAAACUGCAGAAUGUCGCAUCGGCGAAAUCAGGCCACAAGGCGGCACGAAGCGGGAAAGGCAAGUCUUGAGAUUUUUAUUGUUAAUAAUUUUACACUUAAAAAUUGUAGUCGGUAGCGUGGUAAACACUGGACUGCGCUUGAACUCGGUCAAAAGUUAGAUAUUCCCUGAAUAUAAAUUACGAUUUUGUCCUAAAUGGAAAAUUUUAGUCCCAAAGCAAGGGCAGACAAUAUAUUUGAACAUUGGAAGGAAGAAUGGUAUACAGCACCCAAAACGCGCUUACAUUUUGAGAUGCUGUGGUCAUAGGAGCUGCCACGACACGACUUUCAA